AUGGAUACAUAUAAAGAUUUUUGUGAAAAAUAUAGUUGUUUGUAUAAUAAGAGACAUAAUAGUAAAUUAUGUGUAUCCAUAAUAAAAAAAAUUUGUAAUCCCAUAUUACCCAAAUUGGAUAAUCCAUCUAAAGAGAAAGUGUAUAAAUUAGUUAAAUAUGUACAGGCUGAUCUUCAUAAAAUCCCAAUGAGAAAAGAAAUGACCAAGGAUGAACAAGCAUAUUAUUAUUUUAUCAGAGCAGAAUUAAGUAAUGUAUGUAAUUAUCCAUACCGAGAACCUAAAGAGAAUGAAAACCAUGAAUACGAAUCAACUUCCGUUCCCUUUAUCAUGAAUACAUCAAAUUCUUUAACCGAGUAUCCAUUUGCACGUAUUUUCAAUAUGGGAUGUGUAGAUACAAUAAAAUCUAAUUUAUUAUAUGAUUAUAUGCGUCUUAAAGCUAAAGUGUUAUCGGAAUGUUUUACCGAUGUUGAUAAGGCAAAGGAUAUAUUUGAUAUAAUUGAGAAAAACUUUCAAACGAUAAGUAUUCUUAUAGUAGAUAUACUAGAAAAGGAGAUUUUGUCUUUAUUUGAUUACUAUAAUCUGAGUAAUAGAAUAUCCUUACUUGAUGAAAAUAAUUAUCAAUAUGGUAUUUAUCGUAAUUUUCCAUGUAUUUACCACAAGAGAAAUACUUUAGUGAAUCUUUUUAAAGAGUAUAAACUUAGUGUUGAAUUUUCGUUGGGAGAAAAGGAAUAUCAUCUUGGUAUUGAUCGUAAAGAAGUUAGUAAUAUUACUACAGAUGAACUGAUAAAGUUAGUUUUAUUGACCAAAGCUGGUCUUCUCAACAAAAUGAUGAAAAAAAUUACAUUAAGAUAA